GGCGGUCUAUGAAUGUGUAUUGACUACCGCGCCUUGAACCGGGUUACCAUCGAGUCUCACUAUCCUAUUCUGCGUGCCGACAAACUCAUCGACCAACUUCGUGGAGCCAAGUUCUUCUCGAAAAUUGACCUGCGAGGCGGUUACCACCAAAUCCGCGUCAACGAAGCUGACUACUACAAAAUAACGUUUCGGACCCGGUACGAGGGUUACGAGUACAUGGUUAUGCCUUUCGGCUUAACAAACGCGCCUUCGACGUUCCAGUUAACCAUGAACGAGGUUUUUCGGCCGCUGCUGGAUAAAUGCGUCAUCGUGUACCUCGACGACAUACUGGUCUACAGAACUACCCGGGAGCAGCAUUUGAAGGAUUUGACCGCAGUUUUCUCUCUCUUGCAGCAGCACCGACUCAUCACCAAGGGCUCUAAGUGCGAGUUUCUCAAACAUGAACUGGAGUUUUUGGGCCAAGUCAUUUCCAUCGACGAUGUUAAAAUCGACCCCAAGAAGAUUGCGACAAUUCAAGACUGGAAGCCGCCAGAUAAUCUCCGCGAACUUCAGAGUUUUCUGGGGUUUGUUAAUUUUGUCUGCCGUUUCAUUCCGAACAUGGCGGGGGUCACUUCCUCUCUUACGGAUCUCCUGAAGAAGGGCAAGUUUUAUGAGUGGGGGGGAGAGCAGCAGGCUGCGUUCGAACAGCUCAAACUUUUCCUGACUACACCUCCGGCUCUUCGAUUUGCAGAUCCUCACCGUUCGUUCGAGCUCAUCACCGACGCUAACGAUCUGGCCAUUGGCGCAGUACUGUUACAAGACUUCGGCGAAAGCCUCCACCCAUCGCCUACGAAUUCGAUGGCUCGACUACCUCGACCGCUAGAGCCACCCAGCCAACCCUGGCAACAAGUGACGAUGGAUUUUGUCAAUGGCCUGCCAGCUGGUCCAAGCGGUAACGACACGAUCCUCGUCGUCGUUGACCGGUUGACCAAGAUGGCCCACCUUGCCGCCUGCAAGACGACAAUUACUGCCGAGCAGACAGCGAAACUGUUCCUCACGAACAUCGUGCGGCUACACGGCAUCCCCUCGGCAAUCAUCAUCGAUCGUGACCCACGGUUCGCGUCCAACUUCUGGACAAAAACCUGGCAGCAGUACGGCACACGCCAGCAUCUGACAACGGCGUACCACCUGCAAUCGGAUGGCCAAACUGAGCGCACCAAUCAGACGAUGGAGCAGCUGAUUCGCACAACGUGCACAGACCCGGCCCAAUGGGAAGACACCCUUCCCUUGAUCGAGUUUGCGUACAACAACGCCCCAUCGGCCAUGACUACGCAGUCCCCGUUCUUCCUUAAUCACGGGAUGGAUCCGACAACCCCUCUAUCACCCCCGAUAGAAAACCCGGCACCAAGAUCUCAGCCGUUCGUCGAAAACCUCCGACAGUCUCAGCAAAAAGCCGCCGAUGCCAUCCUCAAAGCCAACCAGAGGGCUAAGUAGCAAGCUGACCGAUGACAUCGAG